AUGGCGCCAUCCUCGAAUGAAGGCUUUCUAUGGACUCCAAAGGGGAGUACGUGUGGCCUCGAAACUGACGCUGUGCAGGAAAGCUCGCCAGUUAUCGAUGACCGCUAUGACGUGGUGGUAAUAGGGGCCGGGUUCACUGGUCUCAUUGCAGCACGAGAAUUGAGUCAGAGACACGAUUUGAAGGUGCUAUUAUUAGAGGCAAGAGAUCGGAUCGGUGGUCGUACAUGGACGGCACGAGCGCUAGGCGAAGAGCUGGAGAUGGGAGGAACUUGGGUUCAUUGGGCGCAACCUCACCUCUAUAGCGAGCUUCGCCGAUACGGACUACAUGUCAAUUUGAAGACUUCGGCCGGCACUGCUGCACCUACCAAGCAGAUGUUCAAACAGGGAACGGCACCCCCCCGAGAAAUAUCUACGGACGAUGCCAGUGAUAUUCUGGAGCGCAUUGCGCAGUCCUUCUUCACUGUCGAAGGGCGCAGCAGUCGACAGCUCAUGCCUUACCCUCAUGAUCUAUUCAGGCGACCUGCAUUGUGGAUGAAAUAUGAUCAUUGGUCAGUGAAAGACCGAUUAGACAGUCUUCAUGGGUUUUCAGAUUGGGAGAAAGAUUUGUUCGAAUCAAACACGAACACUUUCGGUAGUGCACCUGGGAAAGAUAUCGCAUUUACCGAAGCACUCCGGUGGUACGCCUUAGGUGGACACAGCAUGGCGGGGGUGUUCGAGCUAGCUGGAGUCUACAAGAUCGGGAAUGGGGGCAUGACUUCGUUUGCGCGAGCAAAUAAGUUGGGAGUCAGGAUCACCACCAGUCUUGGGCAACACAUCAAAGCAAAAUACGCGGUUUCUACUAUUCCUUUGAACUGUUUAGAGGAUGUGAGUUUCGACCCUCCAGUAUCUUCCAUUAGACAGUCUGCGAUGACGAAAGGACAUAUCAAUAAGGGCGCAAAAAUCCACUUCAAGCUCAAAGCAGCAGAGCCAGGAUGGUUUGCAACGGCCGAUUCUACCGACUCUGCCUAUGUUUUUGCGUUCUCCGACCACAACGGCACUCAGGGAUCAGAACCAUCCGGUACUUGGUGCAUUGGGUUCGGAUAUAAUAGACGCUUUGAUGAUAAGCAAAACCACCAUUAUAUUAUUGAUCGCUUCCGGAAGGAUAUUUAUCCAUCCGCCGACGUCGAAGGGUACGUAACUCACGACUGGGUGAAUGAUCCUUAUGCGAAAGGAGGUUGGGCUUGUUGGGGGCCUGGAUGUGCGUCCGCCUACCUCCAAGGGCUCCAGAAGCCCCAUGGGAGGGUUAUCUUUGCCAGUGCCGACUGGGCAGACGGGUGGAGGGGAUUCGUUGAUGGAGCAAUCGAGCAGGGUCAACAAGCAUCUCAAUGUAUCGUGGCAUCUCUCAAGGCAGAAGCGGAAACUUUGCGACCGAAGCUUUGA